GGAAUGCCUCGACAGAGAACGGCUCCGGGGCUUAAAAACAGGAGAAGUCCUGGGCAGGGUGCACAGUUUAGCAGAUACCCGCCCAUUGCGUCCACCGGAUCGUCUGUGCGACACCAAGGCAUCCCAUCAGUGGCGGAACCACCUGCCCUCCCCCACACCGGAAGCCCCGCUGACCCAUCCCCUGGGGCUACGGCUCCUGCCCAACGUCCUGGUGGACCCGGUGCUCAACUACCCACUGGAACUCCCCGAGCGAGAACU